AUGCUUCUUCUGCUGCUGCUGCUAAAGCAAGGACAACUACCUGGUAAAGCUGUUCAGAACCCCAAGGAACAGUGCAAGGUCAUUUCACUCAAGAAGGCUCCUGGAGUCCAGAUUGAUCAACCUGAAGUGCAAGCUACUACCAUAGCCAUUCACACUUCACCAGUUGAGCUCGCACAACAAGCUCGAUCGGCAGCUCGAUCGAGUCACUCUAGCUCGAUCGAGUCAGACAUCAGUCCUCAAACCGAUUUUGCUUGA